AUGGCUUCACGCCUACAAGGAAAGGUUGCAAUAGUCACCGGUGCUGGGUCAGGCUAUGGAUUAGGAAUCGCCACAAAAUUAAUAAGUGAAGGAGCAAAUGUUAUCAUCGCAGAUAUCUCAGAACCAAAUGGCAUGGUAGCUGCGAAUAAGCUAGGAGCUACUUAUGUGAAGACUGAUGUGACCGACAAAGCCCAAUGGCAAAACCUAUUGGAGAAGACGUUGAGCACUUACGGUGCACUUGAUAUCGUUGUUAACAAUGCUGGGGUUUGUUACAACAAGCAGCCUUCAGAGACUCUCUCAGAUCGCGAGUUUGAUCUUACCAUGAAUGUCAACGUGAAGUCUAUAUUUAACUCCGUCGCCGUUAUCAUGCCUCACUUUCUUCAACAAAGUGACGGCGUCUUCGUGAACGUAGUAUCGACAAGCGCUAUUCGUCCCAGGCCGGGACUCGCUUGGUAUGCCGCCAGUAAAGCCGCAGUCAAUGUUGCAAGUAACGCUAUGGCUAUCGAAUACGGCUCAAGGGGGGAUCAGAUUCAACACUGUCCGGUUGUUGGGCUCACCUUUAUCACUAUGCAGCAGUCUGAUCUGGAUGCCUUUGCAUCAGUCAUUCCACUAGGCCGAAUUUGUACUCCAGAAGAUGUGGCUGGCGCGGUUGCUUAUCUAGUAAGCCCAGAUGCCAAAUUUAUCACUGGUGUGAACUUACAGUCUAGGUGGAUGGGGGAAGAUGCGUUUGAGACUAUCACCAUGGGUGGUUAA